AUGGCAGACGAACAACCUCGUCGUGGUGGACGUAAUGCUACACGUGGGCGCAGACAACCUCGUCGUGGCGGGGGUUCCUAUGAUGAGGAAACACGACCAAAUCGCCGGGACCAGCGGGAUCUCGAGAUCGCAGCUCAGGGAAGAAGAAUCCGAGAGUUAGAGCGCCAACUUGCGGUGGUCAGAUUGGGCGCAUUCCGUGAUGUCAAUCACGAAAAUGAUGAAAAAAGUGAGGGAUCUGAAACAAAUUCGACUGAGAGUGGCAUGGAAGAAGAAGAAGAAGAAGAAAAUCCAUGGGGGGUUAAUCGACCUCUUGGUUUCAGGCAGGGUCGUUAUUUUCCUUCACGAGACCUCGGAGUAAAAGUUGAGAUCCCAAUCUUUGAGGGCAAAGCUCAACCUGAUGAGUUUAUCGACUGGUUACAUACAGUGGAACGGGUUUUUGAUUAUAAAUGUAUGGAUGAAGUGCAAAAGGUCAAAUGGGUAGCCAUAAAGUUAACAAAAAAUGCUUCUGUAUGGCGGGAACAUAUUAAGAAACAACGUGUUAAAGAAGGAAAAUCAAAGAUUGUGACGUGGGCCAAGAUGAAAAAGAAACUAAUUGCAAAGUUUCUACCAGAGCACUAUCGACAAGAAGCAUUCAUUGACUACCAAAAUCUGAAACAAGGUAGUAUGUCUGUUGAGGAUUUUACAAGUGAAUUUGAUCGUUUGUGGAUGCAGUGUGAUGUUGUUGAGGAAGAGGAGCAGAUAAUUGCUCGAUAUUUAGCAGUGUUAAAACCAGAGAUCUCUGAUGUGGUCCAUCUUCAACAAUAUUGGUCAUACAAUGAUGUUUGUCGGUUGUCCCUAAAAGUAGAAUCACAACUGAAGAAUAAAGGCAGUAGCUCAUGGUAUGUGAGCCACUUUAAUAAACCUGAUGCAAGUAAACAAAUAAACCAAAAUACUUCUAAAGACUCUAAUAUGGGUCAAACUCAUAACCCGGCUCUAAACAAAAACCCAAACACAAAUUCCAGCAAGGUAGGGGCGACAACAAAUAAGAGGUGUUAUAAGUGCCAGAGUCUUGGGCAUAUUGCUACAGAUUUCCCAAACCGCCAGAUUAUUACAUUUGUAGAAGAAGACCAUGGGCCCGUAUUUGAUGAAUAUGGGGAUGAGAAUGAGGGACAUAUUUUUGAUGAAGAGGUUACUUAUGGUGAUUCUGGCGAGGCGUUAGUGGUCAGGAGAACGUUAAGCGUAGUAACAGAAGUUGAAUUAUGGUUAAGGCACAACAUUUUCCAUACUAAAUGUACCUGUGAAGGUAAAGUUUGCAAUGUCAUUAUAGAUGGAGGUAGCUGUGAAAAUGUAGUUUCCACGACGAUGGUUGAUAAGUUGAACUUGAAAAUCGAAGAUCAUCCUAAUCCCUAUAAAUUGUCAUGGUUCAAGAAGGGUAAUGAAGUAAAGGUAGCUAAACGUUGUUUGGUGAAGUUCUCCAUUGGGAAGAAGUAUGCAGAUGAAAUAUUAUGUGAUGUGGUUCCAAUGGAUGCUUGUCAUCUGUUACUUGGGAGGCCGUGA